GCGCAUCAUCAUCCGUCACUGCCGCACCUGCGCGGCUUGUAAAACCAGAGAGGAGAGGAGAGAGGAGCCGUAAAGUCAGACUGGGUUGAUUUUACAAGGAAGUCUGGAAACGGUCCACAAAGACUUAUCAAAACUCAGAGAUCCUCUUUUUAUUGCUACUAUUCCAGGCUAAACACUGGCUCAGAGUUUGCGGUCAGCCGGUAAACAGUAGGCGGCCCAGAGCGCUUCUACCAGCUGGACAAACAAUAACAAUCCCUUUGCUGUCACAUCAUGAACCCUGAAUAUGACUACUUAUUCAAGCUUCUUCUGAUUGGAGAUUCUGGAGUCGGAAAAUCUUGCAUUCUAUUGCGUUUUGCAGACGACACCUACACAGAGAGUUUCAUUAGCACGAUCGGAGUGGAUUUCAAGAUCCGAACUAUUGAGUUGGAUGGAAAAACUAUUAAACUGCAGAUAUGGGACACCGCUGGACAGGAGCGAUUCCGCACGAUUACAUCUAGCUACUACAGAGGAGCUCAUGGGAUCAUUGUUGUGUAUGAUGUCACGGAUCAGGAGUCCUACAACAAUGUGAAACAGUGGCUGAAAGAAAUCGAUCGCUAUGCAAGUGAGAAUGUCAACAAACUACUUGUAGGAAAUAAGUGUGACCUCACUACAAAAAAAGUUGUGGACUACACUACAGCUAAGGAGUUUGCUGACUCUCUUAGCAUCCCUUUCCUUGAGACGAGUGCUAAAAAUGCCACGAACGUGGAGCAGGCCUUCAUGACCAUGGCAGAGGAGAUAAAGAAGCGCAUGAGGCCAGGGGCUUCAGGGGGUUCAGAGAAACCUGAUCUUAAAAUCGAAAGCACCCCGGUGCAACAGUCAGGCAGCGGGUGCUGUUAGAUCGCUGUCAUAUUUUCUCAGGGAGAGUGAUGAGCAGGACUGGACACUGAGGCGUAUUGUGUUGAGGUGGCCAAUGUGGGUAUUAACGACAGACUAUAUCCUACAUGGUGCUCAAUAAAGUCUGAAAUCAUUAGUUGUUUAACAAAAACAUUCAUGGCUCUUCCCACAUUUUUGUUGUCUUUGAAAAUAAGACUAAAGCACAGGCACACACUGAUGCAGGUAUUUGCCUGAAAAAUGAAGGUGAAAAUGUCCAGAUCACUGUGUUAAUAGCUGUUAAUGUUCACAAUUGACCCAAUCAUAUGAAAAUUCAUAAACAAUGAACUGGGAUUUGCAACUCGUUAAAGUGGUGCCUUUUCUUGUUCAUGCUUUUAAGAAGAUCAAGUGGUUGAGCGGUCAUUGCAGGCAUUGUUCAUCCGCAUGUUAAAGCAGGGACUCCAACAUUCUCAUUUGGAGUUUUACUGUGGUUCUGUGAGAAUAGUUUACCUAGAAAUUAAACUCAUAAUUGAUGUCACUUUGUGGUUGCAAAAUAUUUUGAAGAUGUUUUUAUCUCAAAUGAGUGGUAUCCUAAAAACCAUCACUAGAUCCCAUUGUAUAGACAAAAAAACAUUUUUCAAAAUAUCAGUGAACAGUGCAUUUCAGUGGCUGUAAUUAUUACUGAAUCGGUGGGACUGCUAGAUAGCUUUUUAUGAUUUAUUAAGUAUAAUAAUAAUAAUUAAGAAAGUAAUAACCACCAAUUAUUUUUUAUAGAAAGAGCGUAUACUGCGAUCAGUGUGGCAAAACAUUUAUGUUUGCAGCACACCUGAAGAGACACCUGAGAAUCCAUACAAAUGAUUAGCCAUACUUGUGCUCCAUUUGUGGACUGAGUUAUUCACAUAUGGACCAUUUUAAAGAGCACCAGAAAUGACAUGCCAAUGUGCGAGCACAUGUGUGCUCUGAGUGUGGGAGUUCCUUUAAUUUGGCCAGCCACUUGAAGACCACCAAAAACUUCACACUGGAGAGAAACCUUACAAUUGUACACACUGCGGAAAGAGUUUCUCACAGUCAGGAUUUAUGAAGAAACAUGAGAGAAUUCAUUCAGGAGUGAAGCCAUACAUUUUUGCCCUUCAUGUGGGAGAGCCUUCUGUCAGUCAAGUGCACUGCUGAAUCAUAUAAAAAAGCAUUGCCCAAAGUUGUCACAGUGAGAAAAAUAAGUAAUCAAAAGAGCUGUUUCAUCUAAGUGGAUCAUACAAUACUUGUAGUGAUGAAGUUUGUGCUUUUAGAAGUGGUCAAACAAAGUAUUUGUUCAAACUUGUGAAAUGCUAUAAUUUUCUAGCGUUUUUUGGAGUAGCAGCAGUAUGAUUUAAAAUUAGCAACAUUGUGUAUCUAUAUAUCACUGUUAAA